AUGAAAGCACUAAUUUUGGCACAGUUGUUAGCUCUCUCUUUUGCAAAUGCACAAAAUGUGUAUAACACGCCUACAGUGCUAACUGGCAAUCAAAAGUUCAGUGAUGAAGUUGUUAUCAACGAUGGCAGCGCCUUAACAUUGAACGACGGUUCUGAGUACAUUUUCGAUGGAGGUUUCCGCGGCGCUCAGCAAUGCUUCAUGGACAUUAAUGCAGAUAAAGACUCCCCGUUCACGUUGACGUUUGGAUCAAAUGCAAAAGAAUUUGACAGCAGCUGCGCUGUAACAAUCAAUAACCCUAACACAGGUCCAGACACAGUACAAACUAUUAAUAUUAGUCCACCAGUAUUUAAAAAUUCGAAUAAGUUUAUUUUAAAUUUAGCACAUACUUCAAGUGACGCUAAUUCAAAGAUUAUCAUUGGUUCCCCAGAUAUCACCAAUACUGGAGAGAUAAACUACAUUUCAACUGGGGGUGAAAUUCAUGACCCUAAUGAGCUCGGAAACGUAUUGCAAAUUGGUACGCCUUCUGGUUCAAUUCAAAACGUUGGUACUAUUAGCCUCAAUGCAGCAAACAGCUACUAUCUAUUUGGUAAGGUCUCCGGUAAAGGGGGCAAGAUUAAUGUUGAAAAAGGUGUCUUACAGAUUGAUUCUGCUUCCUUCACUGAUAAUGUUAUCCAUUUAUCUCCUGGAGGUGCUAUCUCUCUGAGACGUCCUCCUGCUGAGGAAGUUAAUGUGUCUGGAUUAGGUACUGCUACUGCAAUCAGUUCUAUCGGAAAAGAUGGUAAGUUUGAAUAUGAUUCAAAAACAGGUUUGCUUUCUAUCACCACCAGUGAAGGUGUCUACAAAUAUAAUAUCGGAUGUGGAUAUAAUCCCGAAUUAGCAUCAGCACAGGAAAUAAAAAUUUAUUUUCAAGAUACCUUGUAUGAUACUUUUAGUUUUGAAAUACAGCAGGCUCCGCCAACUGACUCGAAAUGUGAAGAUAUACCUCCUAUUGAACCUUCAAGUGUCAAACCAUCUAGCAUGAACCCAUCUAGUGUCAACCCAUCUAGUAUGAACCCAUCUAGUAUGAACCCAUCUAGUAUGAACCCAUCUAGUAUGAACCCAUCUAGUAUGAACCCAUCUAGUAUGAACCCAUCCAGCCCAUCUAGCAUAAACCCAUCGAGUAUGAACCCAUCUAGCCCAUCUAGCAUGAACCCACCUUUUGCUAACUCAUCUAGCAUGAACCCAUCUAGCAUGAACCCAUCUAGCAUGAACCCAUCUAGCCCAUCUAGUAUGAACCCAUCUAGCAUAAACCCAUCUAGCAUGAACCCAUCUAGCAUAAACCCAUCUAGCAUGAACCCAUCUAGCAUGAACCCAUCUAGUGUCAACCCAUCUAGUAUGAACCCAUCUAGUGUCAACCCAUCUAGUGUCAACCCAUCUAGUAUGAACCCAUCUAGUAUGAACCCAUCUAGCAUGAACCCAUCUAGCAUGAACCCAUCUAGUGUCAACCCAUCUAGUAUGAACCCAUCUAGCCCAUCUAGCAUGAACCCAUCUAGCAUGAACCCAUCUAGCCCAUCUAGUAUGAACCCAUCUAGCCCAUCUAGUAUGAACCCAUCUAGCCCAUCUAGUAUGAACCCAUCUAGCCCAUCUAGUAUGAACCCAUCUAGCCCAUCUAGUAUGAACCCAUCUAGCCCAUCUAGCAUGAACCCAUCUAGCCCAUCUAGCAUGAACCCACCUUUUGCUAACUCAUCUAGCAUGAACCCAUCUAGUGUCAACCCAUCUAGCAUGAACCCAUCUAGCAUGAACCCAUCUAGCAUGAACCCAUCUAGCAUGAACCCAUCUAGCAUGAACCCAUCUAGCAUGAACCCAUCUAGCAUGAACCCAUCUAGCAUGAACCCAUCUAGCAUGAACCCAUCUAGCAUGAACCCAUCUAGCAUGAACCCAUCUAGCCCAUCUAGUAUGAACCCAUCUAGCAUAAACCCAUCUAGCAUGAACCCAUCUAGCAUGAACCCAUCUAGUGUCAACCCAUCUAGUGUCAACCCAAGUGUCGAACCUUCGAUUCUUAAACCAUCCAACGUUAACCCAUCUAGUUUCGACUCAUCUAGUAUGAACCCAUCCAGCGUGAACCCAUCCAGCGUGAACCCAUCUAGUAUGAGCCCAUCUAGUGUCAACCCAUCUAGUGUCAAACCUUCAAGUGUCAAACCUUCAAGUGACAAGCCAUCCAACGCUAAUCCAUCUAGUGUCAAGCCAUCUAGUAUCAACCCAAGUGUCGAACCUUCGAUUCUUAAACCAUCCAACGUUAACCCAUCUAGUUUCAACUCAUCUGGUAUAAACCCAUCUAGUGUCAACCCAUCUAGCGUUAAACCAAGUGUCCACCCAAGUGUCAAACCUUCAAGUGAGAAGCCAUCUAACGUUAAUCCAACUAGCGUCAAACCAUCCAGUGCUAGCCCAUCCAGCGCUCAUCCUUCUAAUAUCAGUUCAAAGCCAACUGUCUCGGUCUCGGUCUCAUCUGUGUCGAAUAAGCCAGCUUCUGAUGUUUUGAGCUCUAACAAAUACGUUUCAAGUGGUUCUGUUGUCGUCUCCGCAAGUAGAGUCAUUUCGAGCCGCAGUCCAUCUUCUAUUGUAUUGGGUAAUGGUGGUGGGUUAGUUGUAUCCAGUCAAAGACCAGGUUCUGUUCAAAAUUCGGUUAGACCAAGCGCUAGUCCAAGCUCUGUAAGACAAGGCUCUGCUCAACCAGCAGCCAACGCAUCAACCAAGACUGUGAGUGGUACUCAGGCCUCUAGAGCUCCAUCUGGUGUUAACUCGGUCUCGCAAGUUAGGGUCUCUUCAAAUAGUGCUUCUGGGGUUGUCAAUUCUAGAGCACCUACCGUGGUUAGCUCUACUUUCCGUGGUAGUGCAGUAAUGUUGCACGUUUACGGUAUUGAGUUGGUGUUGCCAGUGCUAGCGGCUCUAUUAUUCAUUUGA